UGAUAUAUAAACUAAAAUCAUAACCACAAUUUUACAACAGGUUUGUAUUAACAAAUCAAUGGCAGAAUCAACAGAAAGGCUUGCAGUUGUGACAGGAGCAAACAAGGGAAUUGGAUUUGCAAUAUGUCAGCAAUUGGCUUCAAAUGGUAUCAAAGUGGUGUUGGCAGCAAGAGAUGAAAAGAGAGGUGUUGAAGCUGUUGAGAAACUGAAAGAGCUUGCACUUUCUGGUGAUGUGGUCUUCCAUCAACUUGAUGUUACAGAUUCUGCGAGUAUUGAAUCCUUUGUUGAUUUCAUUAAGAAUCAGUUUGGUAAAGUGGAUAUCUUGGUAAACAAUGCUGGAAUAGGAGCACAUGUCAAUGGUGAGGCUUUGUCUUCUCUUGGUGUUGUGGAAGAUCCUAAUCAAAUAGAUUGGAGUAAAAUAUUUUAUGAAAACAAUGAAAUAGUUGAAAAUAUCCUAAGAACAAACUAUUUUGGAACCAAAGAAUUCACCACAGUUCUAAUUCCCCUUCUUCAAUCUUCUACCUCACCAAAAAUUCUCAAUGUUUCUUCAUCUAUCGGAAGGUUAGAGAUUUUGCCAAAUGGACGACCUAAAGAAGUACUAAGCGAUGUCGAAAAUCUCGCCGAAGAAAAGAUUGAUGAACUCAUGAAUGAAUUUCUAAUGGAUUAUAAAGAGGGUUCACAUGAAGCCAAAGGUUGGCCUUUGGCAAAUUCUGCAUACAUUGUUUCUAAAGCUGCUGUUAAUGCCUACACAAGAGUUCUGGCUAAGAAAUAUUCUUGUUUUGGCAUAAAUGCUAUUUCUCCUGGUUAUAUCAAAACAGAUAUGAAUGGUGGUAAUGGUGCUUUGACAUCUGAUGAAGGUGCUGAACCUAUUGUGAAAUUGGCAUUGUUAAAAGAUGGUAGUCCUUCUGGUUGUUUUUUCUCUCGCGGUGAAGAGAAAUCGUUUUGAGCAUUAAGGUUUAGUUUUGGCUUGAGAAUAAAAUGAUUGUUGAGGAAAAGUGUGACAAUGUUUAUGAUAGGUUUCAACAAUCUUGAUGUUUUGAAGAAAUUUUCAUGUAAGUAGUGGUGUUCUUUGUAAUGGUAAACUUGCUUUACAUUCUUCUGAAUAAAUGUCUUAUCUGAAAUAA